GGCCAGGGAAACCUAAGUAAGACCUGUAAACGUGAUGAUGGAUUGUGUCCUGAACCUCCAGGUUGAAAGAUUCCGCCACCGCUAAAAUGAAGAUCUAGGAGUCUAGCUUCCUUGAAAUUGUGUGGAACAUAAAACCUAGAGGGAAUGACCUCUGAAUUAUUUCACACACAAGGCUUUUCUCAUCUUUGCUUCUCCCAAAACACCUGGAGUGAGGAAAACUUCUACACUGGUCAAGCAGAAGAUACAGCAUCCAUGUGCUGAAGGGAAUCCGUUAAGCGGCUUCUUGAAGCACAAAGGGAGGGACUUCACACUCAAUCUUGGAGCCAGAAGUUGAAUUUGUAAGCACUAUACGAUUUAGAGUCAUGGGCUGUGGCAGUUCUUCAAUAAAAAUUAACAACACCGAGAAAGCGCUGAAAGCCGCAUUAAUCAUCCAAACCUGGUACCGACGGUACAGAGCCCGACUGAGGGUUAGACAACAUUAUGCCCUCGCCAUCUUCCAGUCUAUCGAAUAUGCUGAUGAGCAAGGCCAAAUGCAGCUGUCCAACUUCUUUUCCUUCAUGUUGGAAAACUACACCAAGACACCCAAGGAAGAUUCAGCAUUAGUAAAUCGACUUCUUGAAAGCACUAUUCAAGAAAACAAGUCUAGACAGGACUAUGUGGGUUUGAUAGAAGUGCCCGACUCUUAUGAUGGUCCUCGGCUGCAAUUUCCUCUCACGUUUACUGAUAUUGAUUUACUUCUUCAGGCCUUCAAGCAACAGCAGACACUUCAUGCUCAUUAUGUCUUAGAGGUGCUAUUUGAAGCUAGGAAAGUCCUGAAGCAAAUGCCGAAUUUCACUCACAUCAAAACCUUUCCCUGCAAAGAGGUAACAAUCUGUGGUGAUUUGCAUGGGAAAUUGGAUGAUCUUUUGCUGAUCUUCUAUAAGAAUGGCCUGCCUUCAGAGAACAAUCUGUAUGUUUUUAAUGGUGAUUUUGUAGAUCGAGGGAACAAUUCCAUGGAAGUCCUAAUGAUCCUGUUAGUUAGUUUUCUUGUCUACCCCACUGACGUGCACCUGAACAGGGGGAACCAUGAAGACUUUAUGAUGAAUCUCAGGUACGGCUUUACAAAAGAAGUCUUACAUAAAUACAAGCUACAUGGAAGAAAAAUCUUGCAAAUAUUGGAAGAAGUCUAUACCUGGCUCCCAAUUGGUACAAUUAUUGACGAUGAAAUCCUGAUCAUACAUGGAGGGGUAUCAGAGUCCACAGACUUGAAUACACUCCACUGCUUACAAAGAAAUAAAAUGAGAUCUGUGUUGAUGCCACCAAUGUCUAUAAAUCGAGAACAAGCCAUUGACUUAAAGAGAAAUAAAGCAGGUUCGAUCACUGGUGUACCCAGGAAGGCUGAAUUAGAGAAGUCCUCUUUGGAACAGCUAACAAAGCAGGAAUGGGAACAAAUUAUUGAUCUUCUGUGGAGUGACCCUAAAGGAAGAAAAGGCUGUUAUCCAAACACAAGCCGAGGAGGGGGCUGCUAUUUUGGACCAGACGUUACCUCCAAGAUUCUUAGCAGAAACCAGUUGAAGAUGCUCAUUAGGUCUCAUGAGUGUAAACCCGAUGGGUAUGAAAUCUGUCAUGAUGGAAAGGUUAUUACUGUAUUUUCUGCUUCUAAUUAUUAUGAAGAAGGCAGCAACCGAGGAGCUUACAUCAGAGUAGGUUAUGGUACACCUCCACAAUUUUUCCAGUACCAAGUAACUAGUACAUCAUGCCUGAGCCCUCUUCACCAAAGGGUGAAUGCUAUGGAAUUCAAUGCCUUCAAGAUAUUAAAAGAAAGAAUGCUUUCACGAAAAACUGAUCUCAUCAAUGCUUUCCAGCUCCGUGACUAUAGUAGAUCAGGGAAGAUUUCAUUGGCCCAGUGGGCUUUUUCUAUGGAGAGCAUUUUGGGGCUGAACUUACCAUGGAGAUCUCUGAGGUCACACCUGGUAAACAUGGACAGUGAUGGAAAUGUUGACUACAUGUCCAGCUUCCAGGAUGUCCACAUUGAAAAGCCUGUGAAAGAGAUGAAAUCUAGUAUAAUUGAAACUUUGUACAGAUACCGAUCUGACCUGAAAAUCAUAUUUAAUGUCAUCGACACUGAUCACUCAGGUAUGAUCUCUAUGGAUGAAUUCCGGACCAUGUGGAAACUUUUCAAUACUCACUACAAUGUUCAUAUUGAUGAUUCCCAAAUUGAUGAGCUUGCCAACACAAUGGACUUCAACAAAGAUGGAAGCAUAGACUUCAAUGAGUUUUUAAAGGCUUUCUAUGUAGUACAUAAAUAUGAGAAGCCAGACAGCCAUCCUGCUUAAGAUGAACAAAAACUUCUCCCAGCCUCCUUGGAAACAGCUGACCCCAACUUCCAGUCUUAACCAGGGCCCUUGAAAUCCAUUAUAGUACAGAAAAGUAGAGCCUUAUUCACACCGCAGGCAGAUGCACAGUGUGAGUGUCAGUAGCCCUUAGCAAAUCAUUAUUGGUAAGACUAGGUUAAAUAUCCGUGAUGAAAUAUACUUCCAGUGUUGGGAUCCAUACAUUGCCAGUGAUAAACUAGGCUUGAGCUUAGUGCUGGUCUCAGAUGAUACCUAAUCAGGAGGCUAGAGCAAUUUGGAAGCAUCCUGAAGAACCCGCAUAGCAGGAGAGAAUAGCACUAGGUGUAACAUCUGUGAGUGGCUGAGGAGGAGAGGAAUGCUAAAAUAUUAUUGAAAUAAAAUAUUUCCAUCAUCAAA